UAGUGUGUGGCCUACACAUGGCUAAGAGUUCCUGGUGCUAAAAGGAAGUGAAGUAUCUUUGAAAUCAAAAAAAAAAUCUUUCCUUGCGUCUACCACACUGUCACUAUCUCACUGAGAAGGGAAGUGGCGAGUCACUUGAAGAUCUUCCUUGGUUUGCAGGUUCUGCAUCGUUUGUUUACAAGAUCAGGAGCGCUUGAAAUUUACAGACCAGUAAGAUGUCCAAAAUUGAGAAGAUGAGUAUCCAGGGUGUGAGGAGUUUUGGGAUAGAUGACAAAAACAAACAGAUUAUCACCUUCUAUACUCCAUUAACUGUUCUGGUGGGACCAAAUGGUGCUGGAAAAACGACAAUAAUCGAGUGCUUGAAGUACAUUUGUACAGGUGACUUCCCUCCUGGAACUAAAGGACAAACAUUUGUACAUGACCCAAAGGUUGCCCAUGAAACUGAUGUGCGAGCGCAAAUCCGUCUACAGUUUCGAGAUGUGAAUGGAGGAGUAGUGGCUGUGCAGAGAUCAAUGCUUUGCACACAGAAAGGAAAAAAGACCGAAUUCAAAACGCUGGAGGGGGUGAUCACACGAAUGAAGCACGGGGAGAAGGUCAGUCUGAGUUCGAAAUGUGCAGAGUUGGACCGGGAGAUGAUCAGCGCGUUAGGUGUAUCGAAAGCUGUGUUAAACAACGUAAUUUUCUGUCAUCAAGAAGAUUCAAACUGGCCUUUGAGUGAAGGAAAAGCUCUGAAACAGAAAUUUGAUGAGAUUUUCUCAGCUACAAGAUAUAUUAAAGCUCUGGAAACAUUGCGCCAGGUUCGCCUGAAACAGUCACAGUCAGUCCGAGAGUACCAAGUGGAGCUCAGGUACCUGAAGCAGAACAAAGAAAAAGCCCACGGCAUUCAGGCUCAGCUCGCUGACAAAGAGACCCAGCUGUCUGCUUCAAAGGAGAAUGUCCAAUCGAUUGAAAAUCAGAUUGCUCCCUUAGAGGAGCGUUUGAUGCAAAUUGACCGAAACUUGACCAAAGUGAUGAAGCUUGACAAUGACAUCAAAGCUCUUGAAAGCAGGAAAAAGCAAAUGGAGGAGGACAAUCAAGAACUGGAGGAGAAAAUGGAGCAGCUUUUCCAAGGGACCAAUGAGCAACUUCAAGACAAGUACCACAAUCACCAGAGGACAGUGAAUGAAAAAGAGAGACUGCUGAAUGAUCGUCAGCGUGAGCUUGAUCGGGUAAACCAGAGGAGCCAGAAACUCAACCGACAAAAGUCAGAGAUGCUGGUUGAACAAGGACGACUUCAGCUCCAAGCAGACCGGCAGCAGGAAAACAUUAAAAAACGAGACACGCUGGUCCACUCUCUUGCAAUGCAGCUCGAACUGGAUGGUUAUGAGCGAGCGCCAUUCAGUGAUCGCCAGUUCGAUAGUUUUCGUCGACAGCUGACGGCUCGGUUGGAGAGUGAGAAUGAAUCGGCCAACCAACUACUGGGCGAAUAUGCAGAGAAAGAGGCAACCAAGCAACGGCAGAUUGAUGAGAUCAGAGACAAGAAGACAGGAUUGGAGCGAACAAUCGAACUGAAGUUGGACAUUCAGAGCAAGAGACAAGUUGAGCUGAAGAAUGUUAAAUUUGAUCUCCAGCAGCUGGAAGGGUCAUCCACUAGACUGCAAGAAUUGGAUCAAGAGCUCAGUAAAGUGGAGCAUGACCUUGAACGUGCAGAAACCAGCAGCAAUGUGGAGGGCCUGAAGGCUGAAUCAGUGGACCUGAAGAAAGAGAAGGAUGAACUAGACAAGUCCUUGCGGAGACUGGAUCAGGAAAUGGAGAUGUUGAACUUGCACAACACAGCCAGAACUCAGAUGGAAAUGCUGAAAAAAGACAAGGCUGACAAAGAGGAACAGAUCAGGAAGAUCAAGUCAAGACACAAUGAUGAACUGGUAGCACUGCUGGGUCAUUUCCCAAACAAGAAACAACUGGAAGAUUGGCUUCAUACAAAACUUGCAGAGAUCAAUCAGUCCAGGGAUAAACUAUUCAAGAUGAAUAAGGAGUUGGCUUCAGCAGACCAGAACAAAAAUCACACAAAUGACGGACUGAGAAGAAAAGAGCAGCAACUCUCUGACUCCGAAGAAAAGCUCUUUGAUGUGUGUGGAGGCCAGGAUUUUGAGAGUGACCUGUAUAAACUUCAGGAUGAUAUCGAAAAGACGUCAAAGCAAAGAGCUAUGCUCUCCGGAGCGACGGCUGUAUACAGCCAGUUUAUCAACCAACUAACUGAGGAAAACGAGCCCUGCUGUCCCGUCUGCCAGCGAAUCUUCCCCUCGGAGGCCGAGUUACAGGACAUCAUCGGUGACCUGCAGUCGAAGCUGCGGCUCGUCCCGGAUAAACUUAAAUCAGCCGAGUCGGAACUGAAGAAGAAGGAGAAACGCCGUGACCAGAUGAUGGCACUAAAACCCAUCAGGGAAACGGUAAUCGAACUUAAGGAAAAGGAUUUACCCGAGUUACGGAAUAAACUUCAAAGCAUCAAUCGAGAUAUUCACCGCCUGAAAUGUGACAUUGAGGAACAGGAGACUCUUCUUGCUGCCUUCAUAUCUGAGGAAGGCACCGCAAAAUCAUGUCUGCAAGACAUAUCGCUUAUGGAGAGAUACCAGAUGGAGUUGAGGGAUGUUGAACGCAAGAUUGCACAGCAGACUGCCAAGCUUCAGGGAGUAGAUGUGAACCGAACAAUGCAGCAGGUCAACCAGGAGAAGCAAGAGAAGCAACUUCAGGUAGAGACAGUGUCUAAUAAAAUUGAACUGAAGCGGAAAAUGAUUCAAGAACAGCAAGAGCAGAUCCAGCUACUGAAGAGUAACGUCAAUGAGGUCCGAGCUGAAAAACUGCAGAUCGCCAGCAAUAUGCAGCGACGUCAGCAGCUGGAGGAUCAGAGCGCAGAAUUUUCCACAGAGAUUCAGUCCCUGCAGAGGGAAAUAAGAGAAUCUAAGGAACAGUUAUCUCCACUAGCUGCAGCUGUAGAUAAACUACAACAAGAGAAACAGGACCUGAUAGAGAGGAAAAAUAGAAGCUUCAAGGAGAGGCAAGAGAAGAUAAAUGAAAUAAGAGAAAAAGUAAAAAAUAUUGAUGCUUAUGCAAGAGAAAUUGAGAGAUACAUUAAGGACAGAAGAGAUGAACACAAAGAGCAAAAAGAGUCCGAACUUCAGGAUACCAUAACUCAACUAAAUGAAGCUGAAAAAGAACGAGAUAAAAUACACAAAGUUAUGGAGGCUACUAGAAAGGACAUCGAUACACAGAAACUUGAGGAGCGCUGGUUACAGGAUAACUUGACAUUGCGGAAGAGGAUGGAAGAAUUGAAAGUUGUGGAGACCGAGAGGUUGGAGCGACUGAAGGAGAUGGGAGAGAUGAAAGUAAUGCACCUCAGGAAUGAGCGGAAACAGCUGGAAGAACGGCUAGAUAAUUUCAAGAAAAACCGCAAUCUGGCGCAAGGGCGGCAGAAAGGUUUUGAGGAGGAAAUACUUCAUUUCAGAAAGGAGCUGAGAGACCCUCAGUAUAAAGACGCUGAAGAAAAGUUCAGAGAAAUGAUGAUCGUAAUGAGAACCACUGAACUGGCUAACAAGGAUCUCGAUAUUUAUUACAAGGCACUAGACCAAGCCAUCAUGAGAUUCCACAGUAUGAAGAUGGAGGAAAUCAACAAAAUUAUUCGUGACCUGUGGCGGAGCACAUACAGAGGUCAAGAUAUCGAGUACAUUGAGAUCCGUUCUGAUGCUGAUGAAAAUGUGUCAGCCAGUGACAAAAGGAGGAAUUAUAAUUACCGUGUUGUAAUGGUGAAGGGGGACACAGCACUGGACAUGAGGGGAAGGUACAGCGCUGGACAGAAGGUCCUUGCUUCACUCAUUAUCCGGCUGGCACUGGCGGAGACCUUCUGCCUAAACUGUGGAAUCCUGGCACUGGAUGAACCAACCACAAACUUGGACCGGGAGAACAUCGAAUCCCUGGCCCACGCCUUGGUAGAGAUAAUAAAGAGUCGCUCAAACCAAAGCAACUUCCAGCUUCUGGUGAUCACUCACGACGAGGACUUUGUGGAGCUGCUGAGUCGUUCACAAUACAUCGAAAGCUUCUACCGAAUCAAAAAGAACAUUGAUCAGUGUUCGGAGAUCGUGAAGUGUAACGUCAACUCCCUGAACUCCCAUGCUCAGUGAAUGUCUGCAUCUAUUCUUAUCUCAGUAACAUUUUAAGGUGACCUACUAUAACUGAAACUGUUUUUUAAAUUGAUCACUCCACACAGCAUUCUGCAUGAUCAAAAGAUUAGUUUUGUACUUUGUGACGGAAAUUCAACGUGCUGUUGACACAUAAUCUACAGUAGUUAAACUGGUGCAGAAAUAAACUUUUUUCAUCCCACCAUCAGGUUCCUACCUUUACAAUAUGGAGGUCAAUCUGCAUGGGUGUGCUGCCUGGACAGGCAAACAGGGGCAAACACAUAUCCAGUUGUUCGAAUCAUAAGUGGUUUACAAUGCCUUAAAUGUUAAGAUUUUUUUUUUAAAUGAAGGAUGAUUGGAGUAAACAGCAUAGUGUAUUCUGAGAUAAAAGCAAUAGUGUAUUCAGAGGUUGUCCUGGGUCGACCAAACUCUAGCAGCUGAAGACUCAAGAUGAAAUUACAUCAGGAAAGAGCCCCGUUCUGCAAUCACUACAAAGUACACAAGCAUCCUGCUAGCAUUCCAGACAGUGCUAGGCUUUAUCUCCUGGAUAAAAUGAGGGUGAAGUACAACCUCAAUUAUUAAGUUCAAUUAGUACUCAAGUACUGCUUGUAAACCACAAACUAGGAGUCACAAAGCAGGUUUAGCAACAAAUUCUUGGUAAAAUCUUAAAGCUGUGCUCAAAAGGUUAAAUCCACCCAUUCCUAGAUGCUCAAAGAUUCGGACAGCAAGCUUUCAACGCAGUCUUUACCUUUGUUACUAACGUAUUUACAGUUUGAAAAUCAUUUCUGGAUCCAUGCCAAUCUUGGCAUGAAUCUUAAAUGACCAAACUUUUAGUUCAGGCUAGUUUGAAACAAAUGGGUGAAUUUGGUUCAUCAAGUCUGCACCAACAAGUGAGAAACACCUGACUUACCUACCUAAUCCCAUUUACUAGCACUUGGCCCAUAGCCUUGAAUGUUAUGACAUGUCAAUUGCUCA